UCUUGGAAGCAACUAUGAAGUGUCAUGUUGUCAUAAAAAACUUUUUUGACUUUGUAUUGUGGACCGGACCAGAGCUGAAGGGGUAGACGCGUCCUGCCCUGUUAAGGAUCAAACAGGAAGAUUCUCACAUAAUUCACUUUGAAUUAGUGUCAGACGGAGAACCACACCGGGCGAAAUUGACAACCGAAACGAUGGGAGCCCAAGUCCACGCAGCUGCGGGAAUAGUUUUCAUUGCGUCUUUCUUGCUCUGCAAGGUGGAGGCAGAUGGCAGUGAGGGGGCCGUGUUCCUGAGGGAAUUCACACUGAUACGACGGGACAACCUACCAGAGGAGACCCUUCCUGAAAGUACGGGCAGUCAUAAGCCUGAAGACCCGAGCUCGCGUACGGCCCGCUCAGAGGAGGACCGGGACACCCUGUGGGACGCCUGGGGCUCGUGGAGCGAGUGCUCUCGCACCUGCGGCGGCGGAGCCUCCUACUCCCUCAGGCGCUGCCUCAGCUCCAAAAACUGUGAGGGGCAAAAUAUCAAAUAUAGGACUUGCAGCAAUGUGGACUGUCCCCCUGAAGCCGGGGACUUCCGUGCCCAGCAGUGCUCUGCCCACGUGGAUGUCCGCUACCAGGGCCAGUACUAUGAGUGGCUGCCUGUGGACAACGACCCCGAGAACCCCUGUGCACUGAAGUGCAAAGCCAAGGGCACAGGCCUGGUGGUGGAGCUGGCGCCCAAAGUGCUGGAUGGCACCCGCUGCUACACAGAGUCCCUGGAUAUGUGUAUCAAUGGAGCUUGUCAGAUUGUUGGUUGUGACCACGAGCUGGGGAGUACGGCGAAAGAGGACAACUGCGGUGUGUGCAACGGGGAUGGCUCCUCCUGUAGACUGGUGCGAGGACAUUACAAAUCCCAGCUCUCUGCAGGCAAGACGGAAGACACGGUCAUCGUUAUCCCCUUCGGCAGUCGGCACGUGCGGCUGGUCCUGAAAGGUCCCGAUCACUUGUACUUGGAGAGUAAAACUCUGCAAGGCGUGAAGGGAGAGAACAGCCUGAGUGUAUCUGGGACACACCACCUGGAGAACACUACCGUGGACUUCCAGAAGUUCCCUGACAAGGAGGUUCUGAGGAUAACCGGACCUCUUGGAGCCGACUUCACCGUCAAAAUCCACUACUCUGGCGGUGCCGACAGUGUGGUUCAGUUCAUCUUCUACCAGCCCAUUAUUCAUCGCUGGAGGGAGACGGACUUCUUCCCCUGCUCUGUGACUUGCGGUGGGGGGUAUCAGCUGACCUCGGCAGAAUGCUUUGACCUGCGCAGUGGCCGGGUGGUGGUCGACCAAUACUGUCACUACUACCCGGAGAACAUCAAGCCCAAGCCCAGACUGCAGGAGUGCAACAUGGACCCUUGUCCAGCCAGUGACGGCUACAAGCAAAUCAUGCCCUACGACCUCUACCACCCCCUGCCCCGAUGGGAGAGCAGCCCCUGGACAGCCUGUUCCACCUCUUGUGGUGGGGGGAUCCAGAGCCGAUCGGUAUCCUGCGUCGAGGAGGACAUCCAGGGCACCAUCACCCCUACGGAGGAGUGGAAGUGUCUCUACUCACCUAAGACACCCAUCCUGCAGCCCUGCAACACCUUUGAGUGCCCCACGUGGCUGGCACAAGAGUGGUCACCUUGCACGGUGACUUGUGGCCAGGGUCUGCGGUACAGGGUGGUCCUGUGCAUUGAUCACAGGGGGCUUCAUGCUGGUGGCUGCAACUCCAAGACCAAGCCACACAUCAAGGAGGAGUGCCUGGUCACAGUGCCCUGCUACAAGCCUAUAGAGAAGCUACCAGUGGAGGCAAAGCCACCGUGGUUCAAACAGGCCCAGGAGCUGGACGAGGAGGUGGCCGUGACAGAGGAGCCCACGUGA